GAAAUAAGGAUUUCAUUCCAAUAUCUACUCGGUGCAUAUCUUCAUUCCAGCUGGCAAUUUUAAUUUUUGUGUUUGCGACAAGGACGAGGUCAUACUAUUAUUGUUUAAUAAAGUAUUCGUGCGCAUGGUUAGAUUUAGGCUGACGCAAUAGGAAUUUCCCCGGUGCCGGUCAACAAGCAACAAUAAUCAUCGUAGUAAUGGAAGAUAAAUUUAAAGCCACUUGGGAGAGUUUAGAUAAAAGACCCAUUCCUCAGUGGUACGAUGACGCAAAGUUUGGUAUCCUGUUACAUUGGGGCGUAUAUUCCGUACCGGGGAUUGGAUCCGAAUGGUUUUGGAAGAAUUGGUCAGACGGAGAUCAAGAUGCCGUGUCGUAUAUGACACGGAACUACCCUCCAAACUUUACGUAUCAAGACCUCGCUAGGGAUUUUACCGCGAAUUUGUACGAGCCAGAAUCAUGGGCGACACUUUUUGAAAAAUCUGGCGCGAAAUACGUGAUUCUUACUGGUAAACAUCACGAUGGCUACGCACUUUGGCCUUCUCAGUCGGCAUUCUGUUGGAAUGCCAAAGAGGUAGGCCCCCAUAGAGAUGCUCUAGGUGAACUUUGUAUGGCCGUUCGUAGAAAAACAGCCUUAAAGUUUGGCAUCUACUACUCCCAGUACGAGUGGUUUCAUCCACAGUACCAGAGUGACAAACUUCAGAACUACACCGAAGACAAGUUCGUAUCGCAGAAGACUCUGCCAGAAAUGACUGAACUGGUAUUAAAGUAUAGACCUGACAUAUUUUGGUCGGAUGGUGAUGGCGAAGCUGAAGAUGCGUAUUGGAAAUCUACAAAGUUUUUAGCUUGGUUGUAUAAUGACAGUCCAGUUAAGGAUACCGUUGUUGUCAACGAUAAAUGGGGAAAAGGAACGGCGGGUCGGCAUGGGGGUUAUCACAAUUGUGGCAAUAACUACAACCCUCGUGUUCUCCAUAAGCACAAGUGGGAGAAUGUGAUGUCAAUUGACAAAGAAUCGUGGGGAUAUCGACGAAAUGGCAAAUAUGAGGACUAUCACACGGUUAAAGAGCUGAUUCACAUGUUGGUCGAGACCGUUAGUUGUGGCGGUAAUUUGUUAAUGAACAUUGGCCCGACAGGCGAUGGACGAAUCCCGUACGUCUUUCAGGAUAGGUUGUUAGGCGUGGGGCAGUGGCUAUCAGUUAACGGUUCAGCUAUUUAUGGCACUCGACCAUGGAUUGUACAAAGAGAUGCUUUAUCGACAGUAUGGUAUACAGCCUCAAAGUCAUCAGUUAACGCUAUUGUACUCGAAUGGCCCCAAAAUAACACACUAGUGUUAAGAUCCGCCGUAAGUCUAUUUAAGGAAGGUACGACGGUCAGCUUGUUGGGACAUUCCGAGAAUUUAGCGUGGCAGCAUUCGAAUGGACAUAUCAGUAUACAGUUUCCAGACAAAGCCACUGUCGAAGUAUCUUGGGCGUGGGUCUUACAAAUUCAAAGUGAUAAAUAAAUAAUUAUAGGAUUCCUUGUGUUGCGCGAAGUUGUCUCUUUACAAUAAUAUAAGUUGCCAGGGUUUUGUUUAUUAGCGUAUUUCCUCGAGCGGGAAGGAUAUAGUUAUUUCGUAUGUCAAAGGAAAGGUAACUUUUUGUAAUUGCUCUACAACAAAGUAUUACAAGAUGUAUCAUUAAUAUAUUGUGAAACAUUCAGGGUGAAAUUCCGUGUACAAAUUUAGUUCAUGUUCUGAAAUGCUAUGCGAGAUAAAGGUGGUUGAAUAUUG